AGAUGAAGCUAACAUUGUGAAAGCACUAUGGCGUGUAAUUUGACCGCUGUGCGUCACGUUCGUGCAUUGGAUGAAACAUUUGAGUUCUUAAUAGGACCAUCUGCGUUCGCUGAAACUCUGCAAGUGAACGCGUCGAAAUCCCGAUUUUCUGACGAUUACGACGACGUUCCUGUUGACACCUACAUCCAAUGGCCGAAUGGUGUUCUGGCUUCUGUAUCUCCAUACGGUGAUUACGCAGCAUUUGCGGCAAAAAGGAAAAUCGUGAUUCACGCAUCCUGCCAAAGCAAGUCACAGGGUUCAUAUCCGUUGGACCCAAUAUAUCGAAAUGAUUAUUUCGAAGCAAACGUCAGUGCUGUGUUGUGUGUUCCUGUUGCAUCCCAUAGGAAAAGUUCUUUGGGUCGACCGGACUGGACUUGCCUUUUUCUUGGAUUCUCGAACGGAGAUUUCAAAAUUAUAAUCGAUGAUGGAACUGUACUCUUGAGCGAGAGGUUCCACGAGGAAGAGAUUAUCAACAUCAAGUGCAGGAGUUACAAACAAGCAAGGUUUUCCGGUGACCACAGUGGUCCGGUUGCGGAUGAAGUCGUAGUUCUCUAUCCUUCUGCCGUGGUGUUCAUAGAGAGCUUCAAUCUGUUCCAUAAUAUCCAGUCCGCUAGAUCAGGUCUUGCAUUGCACAAGGCUAAUGCGAACAAAUCAGAGCCCUGGGUGAACGAGAGACCCGUUGACUUCAAGAAGUAUUCCGUAGAUCCUCAAGCCCAGUUACGUGACUGUGAUGGUCCAGUUGGUGCGACGCAAUCAAAUUUGUUUGACCAGCUGAAAACGGCGAGUUUGAUUGGUGGAUUUGGUGCCUCGGUGUCUUUGAAGAGUCCCGUAAUGACGAGUUUUGUUGGUGUGGGAGUGAAACCGUUCGCGGGCAUGUAUUAUGCUGUGGAGAGUCAGUUGCAGUUGAUGGAUGCAGCCAGGGCGGUUGCAUCAAAGCUCAAAUCGGCGCUGUUUUCGAUGAGUGGAUUUGGAGAAAGUCAUAGUACCGAGAAAGCUUCGAAAAAACCAGGAGACUCGCUUCCUCUGCGAUUCGGCAUCCCUGACAAAAAUAGAGAAGGAUUGAAAGUCACCUUGAACCCCCGCAAAACCCAUGCUGCGAUUGUGGACAACCACGGACGCAUCACCGUAAUUGACGCCCGUUCGGGCCUCGCAGUUCGCAUGUGGAAGGGUUACCGGGACGCAGAAAUCGCGUGGACGGAGUCCCACAGUUCCUCAACCCACCGAUACGCUUGUUUCCUAGCAAUUUACGCUCCUCGUCGCGGGAUCCUCGAAGUUUGGGCAACCCAACACGGACCCCGAGUAGCAGCUUUCAAUGUCCCGAAAGCUGCCCGACUUUUCGACUGUUCCGGACUGAGAAUGUUGGGCCUGAACGAAGCUGGUUCAGCUCAUUCCAGGGAUUCGCCGUUACAAAUCCUAUUUUUAACCGGCGAAGGGCAUCUUCAUUCCCUUGUCGUCCCGCUUUAUCUCAUCGACUGCGAGAAGAAUAAGAAGAAAGCCGAGGAUUUGUCAGUCUUGAGCAAAAUCCGUCGACUGAUGGGCGUAUCUUCGAAAAAGAUGAAACGAAGCGGAGAUAUCAUGGAAAUUCUUGCUCUCCUCGGAACAAUAUCCACCGAGGAACUCCUGGAAACCGGACUAACUUACGUCAUGGGAACCCAUUCCGAAGAAGCUAUGAAAAGAAGCCAGGCAUUAUGGACUAAUGCUCCUGAACACGCGUAUGAAGAAUUUGCCAAGAUUCUAGACGCGGUCAUAGAAAUGGGAGAGCUGAAGUCGAAGGAACAGAUGAAUCCCGAAGCACAGUCUCUCCUCGCGGUCUGCAAAAAGUACUCCUGUGUCACUAAACUAUUCUCUUCCGUAAAAAUCCCGAAGAGGCUGGAGUUGUGCGACAACCAAGAAUGGCGAGAAACAUUGGGAUUAAACCAAGACGAAGCAGAGUUCAUUCGGAAACUGAUAUCCUGGUGCCGGAAAGAAGUCAAGGUUCCCGGGAAAAAUGUUACCUUUUCCGAAGACGUGGAAGAAAAGCCGCUGAUUUCGUUGCCACAGUUCUCUCGUCACUUUUCCCUAACAAAUGAUGACCUGGAGAUACAGAACGUAGAUGACGCGACAAAAAGUCUGCCAUUUGGAGACACCCUCUUCCAGGGUUGUGUCGACAGAUUCAAUGAAAACACUUCCUGGCAUUGUUUGAGUCUCGUGAAUUUUCUCCCGUUUGCAGCUUCGCAUCUGUUGGCCUCAGAUUUCCUGACAGAUGAAGAGACUGUAUCUGUGAAUUUGCAGAAGUUCUCGAGGCUUCUCGAAAAUCUUAUCUCGUCGAUUAGCGACAAAGAAGCGAUAGAGGUUUUGAGAAAAGUGCAUGCGAGUAUUCUCAAGUCUUCGACUCCUGUUGCACCGUAUCUGUUGGCGUUGUUGUGUCGUAAACUGUUAGCUGUGCGUCCGAAGAAGUCUUCGAAAUCAGAUGGUGAUAUGGAAGAGAUCGAUUUGGGUACGGAAACUGAAGAUAAUUCUUGGGAAGAUGUCACCGAAGAGGAGAUUGGGUGGACACUGAUGUGUGGACAGUUGGCGAAUCUUUCAGCUGUUGCGGUGCUGGUGAAGGGUUCCAAUGUCGAGAAAUUCGUUACUUUGGAGAAAUUUUUGAGUGGUAGUGAGGCUUCCGUUUGCGAAAUAAUCAGCCGGUGGUCCAUCAGUUUGAAACUCAGCGUUGGCAAGAUGCGAGAAAUUGGACUGAUUCCCGAGCUGGACGAAGCUGAGGCCCCCGCGGCUACGGAAGAAGGAUUGCAUGCCAUCUUUUUUGAAGUUCGCGAAAGAUUCGGUCAAAUCCUGGACUCGGACUUGAUCCUAAUGAACUGUGGUUACGAAUGGGUUCUCAGAUGGUCAGAAACAGCAAACUCCGAAUUUUUAUCACGGUCACUGACGUGCUUCGAAGCCAUGCAGAACUCCGUUCUCUGCACUCGGAUUCAAACUUUCGUAUGGUCGCUUUUCGUUUGCCAAGUUUUCACGGGAGUCGCGUCGCUGCUUGAGCGAACGGGUUGCAGAAUGCCGAGAGACCGGGUUCUCAAGCGGGAAAUUUCGAUGGAAACUUCAGAAAUCGACGAAUUUCUCGAAAAUGUCCGCAAAUUUUUGUAUUUGCUGCUGACUCGAAUUUCGACAAACGAGGAACGACUGGCUGACAACGAAGAAAGGUGGAGAAAUUCGGGAAACCUGGGCAAGUUGGUCAUGUCGGAACCUCCAGCGGACACCGCUGUUGUCAACCAGCAUUUUCUCCUGUGCUUCAUCCUGGAAUCAGCGCUCAAAUUCGGCAUCAAAGGACUCAAACCGCUUUCGCUUUUCAGUCAAACCGCUAAAAAGUCCAUGUUCGCUGCAUUGACUACACCAUUGGUGAUCACGUUCAUGGAAGAAUCCGACACCGUACUAGCGAAAGCGCGGAAGGAUUUCCUCAAGCGUUUGAUCCAGGAAGCGAUUCGCACUCUGUCAGAUGUCGUACCCGGUUCAAAUUUCUCCCGCUUGGAGUCUGAGUACAACGAGAACAUCGAGCUUUGGAUUCAUCUGAGCUUGGAAACUGUGGUCAUGAACGAUGGCUGGGGUGAUGCGGACGACUUGAAGCAGUUUCUUGUUAGCGAAUUAUACUCCCGCGGUUAUGACGUUAUCGGAGAAAAGGUCAGUGUCGGUGUCGUGUCGAAGAACGUGUUGGCUGUGGCAUUGCUCAGCAUUGCUGGGAAACGAGUGAAAGCAAUGGCGAAAUCGGCUGAGGUGAAUGCAGAGUUGACUCCGGCUUUGUCGCGUUGGAUCAAGGGAUUGGCAGAACCCGAUGAAUGGUUUAGUGGAGGUGCUAAUAUUGAAGCGACUGAGAAAAUCGUGAGGAGUGUUCUGGGUUGGUUGGGUGAAAAAGGUGGGAGAGAUGCUGAAACUGCUGCGGCUUUGUUGAGUUCGUUGAGAGCUAUUCGAGAGCUCAAGCCAAGCACUGAGUGAUAAUUGAGUUACAUUUCCUUCUAUAUUGCUUUUAUUGGAAAAUGCUUUUUUUUUUUAGAAAGGAUCGUGUUUUCUUUUGGAAAUCUGCGGAGUGACGGUGUAUCUGUCGCGAAAUUAGGUCCUGCUACUGUACUACCCUCUUGGGAUAAUACCGAUUCAUUAAUCUGGACCAUCUUUCUAAAGGUGCGAAGUAAGGUUGACAUCUCUGGAGGCUUUUUUUUUUUUUCAACUAGCAUUGGGUAACGUUACUCCAAUGCUAGUUGGGUUACAGACCUGUUCUUGAUUGGUUUCCAUCAUUUUGUGGUUGUUUCAGUGUUGACGGAUUUAUUCGUUUCAAAGAAUGCAGGGUGUGAUACAGGAUAUUAUUGUUAUAAAU